AUGACCCUGAAUCAGAUUAUUCUCAAAGUUAGGCUUCCUCAGUCACUAAUUUUCCUAAAUCAACAGGAUGCUGCUCUUGCUGAACUGAUUGAACAACGGCUCAUCGAAUGCGAACGAAAAUCUAGCGCUAGCCACUGGGAUAAAGUAGACGGUCUUCUUACAAAAGUCUCACUCAGCAAGAGGAUUUGUUACGGAGCUAUUUUCAGCGAAGAAUCCGAAUGCCGAAGUGGUCUUAUCCAAGAGCGAAUCUCCUGUGUCAACUUGCUAAACUACGCUUGUCAGUUCAUUGAUCCAACAUUCAUCUUCCGAUUGGUGCCGGCACGAAUUACGAUACAGGAAGCUCGACAAGCUGAAAAUGGAGCUGAGAAAUGCCGAAAAGUCGUUCGCCUUGUAAAGAAACGACUUGAAGGAUAA